GCCUAAUCCGCGUUCGUGCAUGAGCAGCCGUUCACACGUGCAUGGGCCUGUGAAGUUCCUGGAUGAAAUCAUUUUUUCUUGGCGAACGGUAAUACGUAUGGCAUGGCAUGCACAGGUGCCGCGACGCGAAUCCUCUUGUCCACGUCCCGGCACGAAGAAGUAGCACAUCCAAUGCUUAUUCUCGGAUCACACACAUUUUCUUUCCCUUUCUUGAUUUGGGUCUGAAAAUUCUGACGCCUUCAGAUGGCUACCACUCGAGAGAGCAGCAUUUCCCGCCCUCUGCCAGGUCCACUGAAAAGGCUGGAAGACAUAUUAGCUCAUCCAGGCAAUAAGAUUUGUGCGGAUUGUGGCUGCCCAGAUCCAAAAUGGGUGUCAACAAGUCUCGGAGCGUUCAUUUGCAUCAAGUGCUCCGGAGUUCAUAGAAGCCUUGGAGUGCAUAUAUCAAAGGUUCUGUCAGUAAAGCUAGAUGAAUGGACAGAAGAAGAAGUUGAUUCUUUGGAGGAGAUGGGUGGCAAUGCUAUCGUAAAUAUGAAAUAUGAAGCUUUUCUUCCCGAAAACUACAAAAAACCAAGUCCAGAUUCCUCAAUAGAGGAACGGUCCGAUUUCAUCAGGAAAAAAUAUGCAUUGGAACAAUUUUCAAAAUCUGCUGAAGAGAAUGCCUCCACGUCAUUGGCAAGUCCAAGCUCAUCCUCGCAUAAUGUAUCUCCUACUAGUAGCUCUGGUCCAUCCCUUGACAAGAAACGCGGUGAGAAACAACACACCAGCAGCGGCCGUCUCCAUGGCCUUGGUCAUGCAUUUCGCAAUAGCCGGAAGAAAAAAGUAUCUGAGCAGAAGACAGCAAAAAUCAACUCAAUGGUGGGUAUGGUGGAAUUCGUUGGAUUGAUAAAAGUCAAUGUUGUAAGAGGCACCAAUCUAGCUGUUCGUGAUAUGACGACUAGUGAUCCUUAUGUAAUCAUCACAAUGGGAAACCAAUCGUUGAAAACACACGUAGUAAAGAGAAGUUUAAACCCAGUUUGGAAUGAAAGCCUAAUGCUGUCAAUCCCAGAGCCCGUCCCACGUCUGAAGUUGCAGCAAGUGUAUGAUAAGGACACGUUUUCCACAGACGAUCAUAUGGGGGAAGCUGAAAUCGACAUCCAGCCCCUAAUCUCUGCUGCCAAAGCAUAUGAGAACUCUACCAUCACGGAAUCCAUGCCAAUCGGGACAUUGCUGGCAGAUGAAGACAGUACUCUAGUUAAAGAUAGCACAAUCACCAUUGCCGAAGGAAAGGUAAAGCAAGAGAUCACCCUGCGUCUGCAAUAUGUUGAAUGCGGAGAGUUGGAAAUUGAACUUGAAUGUGUUCCACUUAGCCAAUGAGCUCAGAAGAAAAAAAAAAAAAAACAUCUUUUAUCAUCUUGCAUUCCCCUCUAUGAUAACAAUUUUACACUUUGCUUGGCCUUCUAUUCUAUGAGGAAUUAUCCAUGUUCUUAGUUAUUGGCAUGUAUUCCCAACUACUAUUUUCUUA